AACCUUGGGCAGCUCAAUGAAUUUUCACAGCAGCCUGGCUCUAGCUCGAGCAUGCUCAGUGCAGCGCUGACCUACUUUUGCGUGCCGAAGUCUGGAGAGCGCUGGCUGCCGUUCCGCUGAGAAGGAGCCGCCGGUGCUGCUGUCUUCUGGGGUCGCGCUUGGAAUGUUGCGGCACCCCAACGUUCCACAGCCGAACGUCUGGACACCGCCGCGUCGCUCCAUCGAGCGCAGCCCGGGUUGCUGAGGCAGGCGGUUGCUUGCAACACGCUACGUAGGGAGCACGGAUUACAGCCGCAGCGACGGAGCCACCUCUGUGAGCAUUUCUAUCGGGCUUCGGUUCAGUUUCUUCUGUUUUCCAUCGCGGUGAAGGCGAAAGGCUCUGUAGCAACCUGAGGCGCAGCAUUAAAGUAGGAGAGCAUCGUGGGGAGCAGAGAUCUCGGGCCCGGGCGAUCGCACUAAAGGCUAAGUGGCAAAGAGGAGGGUUGACUCACCUAGGAGAUAGGCAUCGGGCUGGAGGAUUUUUUUUCUUAAAUGUAAAUCUUCAUGGAUCAAGGUAAAACUUUCCUGUGAUUUGCUCAGCUUAGAAGGCUGCAUUCAACAGACAAUUUCCUAUCCCAGCUCUCUUCUGAACAGCCUACUGAAGAAAGAUGAACAUGCUGAACAGCCACCACUUUUUGAACUUCUUGCCUACCAUACGCCUUUUCAUCUUAUUAGCAGCUUUGACAGCUGCUGAGGAUGUGACUAGUAGCACUUUAAAUCACACUGACAUGAACUUGGGAGCUGUACCUGUGAUUAUCUCCAUAGUUGAUCAUAUUACAGUCAAGGAAGGGAAUAGUGCCUUGAUUGACUGCAAUGUCCAAGGAAAUCCUGCUCCACACUACAAAUGGUACAAUUCCAAUGGUUGUUUGCUGAAGGAAGAAGAGAACAGUGGAAAAUGGUGGUUUCUUGACAAUGGGCUACUGAACAUUACCAGCGUGUCUUUUGACGAUAGAGGUAAAUACACAUGUGUUGCUUCUAACAUCUAUGGCACUGUGAAUAAUACUGUGACUCUGAGGGUCGUCUUUACCUCCGGAGAUAUGGGGAUCUAUUACAUGAUUGUCUGCCUCGUAGCUUUUACCAUUGUUAUGAUCUUGAACAUUACCAGGCUGUGUAUGAUGAGCAGCCAUCUGAAGAAAACUGAGAAAGCCAUCAACGAGUUUUUCAGAACAGAAGGAGCAGAGAAACUACAAAAAGCCUUUGAGAUUGCUAAGCGUAUCCCAAUCAUUACCUCAGCCAAAACUCUUGAGCUUGCCAAAGUAACCCAGUUCAAAACCAUGGAAUUUGCUCGCUACAUUGAGGAACUUGCCCGAAGUGUUCCUCUGCCACCUCUCAUCAUGAACUGCAGGACUAUAAUGGAAGAAAUCAUGGAGGUGGUUGGCUUGGAAGAACAGGGACAGAACUUUGUACGACAAGCAGCAGAAGGCCAGGAGACUACUGAUGGAGAUGAUAUGUUUAUAAUUCCUAAUGCACUAAAGCGCAGCGACUCUCCCACAGCUGACUCUGAGGCAUCAUCACUGCAUGAACCACCACAGCAGAUUGCGAUAAAAGUGUCAGUUCAUCAGCUGUCCAAAAAGGACUGUAUAGAUGACCAGUCACAAGACAGUGUGCAAUUAGAAAUUAAGGAAGAAGAGAUUCCUCAAACACCAGCAUCUCCUACUGACCCAAUUCCUGAGCCUUCUACUGAACUAAACUCCAAUGAUAUAGCAUUGGCAACUGACAAAAAUACAUGUUUUAUUUAUGAAAGCCAUGUAUGAUGAUUAUUCUGUGAAUCUAUGCAUAGCAAGAAAAUCAGGUGGAGCUCCUUUAAAAAUAGAUAUUAUACUUGCCGCUAAGCCUUACCUGGAGCAUAGCAAAAGCAUGCAUGUGGAUUAUUUGAUAUUUUCUUCUUUGAGUUAAUUUUACUAUGAUGUAUGACAGAGUAAUUACUAUUAUAUUAAUACUAAUUGCUCUUUUUGGUUUAGGAGUUUUUUUCAGAAACAUUUACCUCAGUAAUUUCUAGGUUGUUGUCAACUUCAGUGACCUCCUGGAAGUCAUUUGUAGUGUUAAAGACACUUAGAUUUACUAAACAUAAAACUGUUCUUCAUUUUUCUCCUUCCGCUUCCUCUCUUCCCUCUGCUGCAUUUUUGUGAAACUGUUCCCAUGAAUUUGAAACAUUGCCCAGGAGGCAGGAUUUCAGUAGCCAAAUAAAAUCCUAGUUAGAUCCCAUUUACCAAGCAUCUUUGCCAAGCUGCAUUGUGAA